UCAUUUUCCAAAUCAACCCAACAAUUCAUACCUUAAACUCUCUCCUUAUUCUGCGUUUCUUCUCUUGCUUAUUAACCAACAUAUAACGUUUGAAGUUAAGUAUAUAUAUGCUAUGUGCUUGUUGAUGAAGUAGUAAUAGUAACAACUUCUUCUAUCGUACCAAGGAAAAGGAUAGUUCAGUGACCGAUAAGAUUGAAGUAUAUAGAAAUAUGGAGAGUGGUUUGAGCUGGGAGCAGCACACUUUGGUAAGAGAGCUAAUCCAAGGAAUGGAGCUAGCAAAACAGUUAAGGGUGCAUCUGAAUUCAGCAUCAUCAGUUGAAACUAGGGACUCGUUAAUUCAGAGGAUUUUAUCUUCUUAUGAGAAGUCUCUCUUGAUUCUUAACUGGAGUGGUUCUCUGAUUCAGCAACAAAAUGCUGGCGGUGUUAGUGUUGCACCUGCUACUGUUCCAGAGUCUCCUAUAUCCAUGAAUGGGAGUCCUGGAAGUGAUGAUUUUGACGGUGCUCAUAAUGAUGCCUCAAAGAAAAGAAAGACAAUGCCGAGAUGGACUGAUCAAGUUAGAGUGAGCUCUGAGAAUGGACUUGAAGGACCUCAUGAUGAUGGCUAUAGCUGGAGAAAAUAUGGGCAGAAAGAUAUUCUUGGAGCCAAAUAUCCCAGAAGCUAUUACAGGUGCACCUAUAGAAACACGCAGAACUGCUGGGCUACAAAACAAGUUCAAAGAUCAGACGAAGAUCCCACCAUAUUCGAGGUCACAUACCGAGGAAUACACACUUGUUCUCAUGGCCAACAAUCAGUUCCAACACCAGCAUCUCCAGAAAAACAAGAGCAGAAGCAAAAUAAUAGCAAUAACAGAAAUCAACAGCAACCGCAAGAAACCCUCUUUAACUUUCAAAAGAAUCUGAGGGUUAAUACUGAGGACUUGGACAAUAAAAACUCGGCAUUUCCCUUUUCUUUUCCUCCAACAUAUGAAAGCAUGGGAGCUGCAUCAAGCUCUCCAUCUUUCAUGUCUCCAGCUACACCUGAACCAAACUACUAUUCUAUUUCACCAUUUCAGAUGAACAAUUUUUCAGGGCUUCAAAAUUUGCACCAUUCUGAAUCCGAUUUCACCGAGAUAAUUUCCACCAACACCUCAGCUACCAAUUCUCCAAUUGUGGAGCCAAAUUUCUCACUUCAGCCAUUCGAAUUGGAUCCAAACUUUCCAUUUGACACACCAGGAUUUUUCUCUUAGCCCAUUUUGUGACACUGAAAGCUUUUGGCUAGUAGUUACUGCAGAAGUCUAGCUUUUAUCACAAUUCAGGAGAGGACGCAUGUAAAACAGAUUAGUUACAACAUUAUUGUGAAAUUUUGAAGUUUUCUAAUAAAUAACAAAAGUAACUUUGUCGUUAUUUA